AGGAAGAGGAACCAGAAACGUUCUGUGAAAAGAUACUCAGGGGAUGUCCAAGUUCAAUGGGAUUAUUGUACGAGAUGUCAGAGGAUGAAGAAAAGAACCAAGCUGAGUUUCGGAAGAGUCUUUCCUUUCCUUUGACGGAAUUCGUAUUUUGCUUAGUAGUUUGAAAGGUUGCUUCAAAGUUACAAGUUUUCACUGUGCCGCAUCCUCACCUGCUGACAGCCCACUAAACCAGCUUUUCCUGAACAGUACACAGGCUGGGCCACCAAUCCCCCAAGCCCGGCCUAGCCUUGGCCGGGACAAAGGCGAAUCCCUCCGAGAUGGGGGUGGCCAAAGCCAUCCGCCGUCUCAGUGGAGGUGGAGGUGGCGGUGUGGGAGAGCUCCAAGAAGAGGUAUCGGUGGAGUCCCCUACCACCUGCCAUAAUGGCAAGACCACUGUGGCCCGCCAGCGCAGCCGCUUUGUGAAGAAAGACGGCCACUGCAAUGUCGAGUUUAUCAAUGUUUGUGAUAAGAGCCAGCGGUUCCUCUUUGACAUCUUCACUACGUGCAUAGACGUCCGCUGGCGCUGGAUGAUAAUCAUCUUCUGUCUCUCUUUUGUCCUGUCCUGGCUUAUUUUUGGCUUCCUCUUCUGGCUCAUUGCUGCUCUACAUGGGGACAUUGCACCUGAUCAACCACUGGAUGCCAAGCCCUGCUUCUCAGAGGUCACUGGCUUCACAGCUGCUUUCCUCUUCUCCCUGGAAACCCAGACGUCUAUUGGGUAUGGCUUUCGCAGUGUCACAGAAGAGUGCCCUUCUGCUGUCGUGGCUGUGGUUUUCCAGUGCAUACUGGGAUGCAUCAUUGAUGCCUUCAUUAUUGGAGCAAUCAUGGCCAAGAUUGCCAAACCCAAGAAGCGCAAUGCGACCCUUAUCUUUAGUGAGACUGCUGUAGUAGCCAUGCGUGAUGGGAAACUUUGCCUCAUGUGGCGUGUAGGCAACCUGCGAAAGAGCCAUCUGGUAGAGGCCCAUGUCCGGGCACAACUGCUGAAGCCUCGUGUGACCCCUGAGGGUGAGUAUAUUCCCCUGGACCACAACGAUGUCAAUGUGGGCUUCGACAGUGGCACUGACCGCAUCUUUCUGGUGUCACCAGUGACAAUUGUACAUGAGAUUGAUGCUGAAAGCCCCCUUUAUGGGUAUGGUCCUUCAGAUCUGGCUGAGGCUGACUUUGAACUGGUGGUCAUUUUGGAAGGUAUGGUGGAAGCCACAGCAAUGACCACACAGUGCCGUAGCUCCUACCUGCCCAAUGAGCUGCGCUGGGGACACCGCUUUGAGCCUGUACUCUUUGAACGGCGUGGCCACUAUGAGAUUGACUACGAGCACUUCCAUCGCACAUACGAGGUACCCGGAACCCCAACUUGCAGUGCUAAGGAGCUGAGCGAGCUCAAAUACAGGGCACCUCCUGCAGGUGCCACAGCUGCUCGUGCCUCUUUCUGCUAUGAGAACGAGGUAGCGCUCAGUUGCUGUCGUGAAGAAGAAGAGGAAGAAGAAAGGCAGGGCAGCAGGCGGGUGAGCCUGGAGAAUGAGAUGUCCACCACCACGUGACAAGACUGAAGUAUUUGAACUGUGGAGGGCCAACAGGAGUUGGGGUAGCACCAUCAUCACACCUUGUAUUGUUGAGCAGCUCAGGCAGCUGGCCAAGAAUAAUGCUUUCGCACUUCAUCCACCCUGUUCCUAAAACACAACUGGCAAAGGCUUUCUGGAACAAGUAGUGGUGUUUCUCCCUUCAACCACUGAGAAAAGAAAAGGCCACUUCUGAGUAUUUGGGCCAAAAUGACAGCCCUGGUACAAACUGAAGGAUUCUCCCCACCACCAUUGACAAUCCAAGCUAUUGAAGAGUUUUAAAGAGGAACAAAUAGGGGAGGUGGGGAACAAAUGUGAACAGCAUGGAAAAAUUUGGAUUGGGAAAAAUUUGGAUGUUCCACUGGUCUUUAAAGAGCUGGAAUAUCACCUGCCAUAGGGUAAUGUGAAUUCUCAUUGUGGCUGUUCAGGUUGAAUCUUGAUGGAUUAUAACUAAAUGAUUAUUGUAUAGAGGUCCAAGAAUGAGAGGGAUACUUCUCUAUCAAGGAAAUCUCCCUCAUGUGGGUCUGGGCGAAGAAUGUCUUAUCUAUGGGGCUUUAUAAUGAAUGAGAGGCAACAGGGUUCAGUGAAAUCUUGGUGAAAUUUCAAGGAAUUAGGAGGUGUCUAUAACUUCUAGAUAUGAAGGUGGUUUGUUUUUGUAGAUUUUUAGUGGUGUGUAUUUCUUUUUUUGCUACAAGGGCUAGACAUUUUAUGCCAAAUGGGCGAUUUUCUGCACAUGAUCUUAACCCCCUGAAAUGUGUUUGUCAAGCCUAAAUGAAAAACCCCUGGCUCAAAUUCCAGCAGCAAAAACAAAACAAAACUGGAAAGGCUUGAUUAAAAAAACAACCAAGAAACAAUAUUGCAAUUUUAUCAUGGGCUGAGAAUAUUUCUAAUAAGGUAAUAUUUCGUUAUGAAGAAAUGUAUACAUUGCAUAACAUGUAUCAGCUGCAAAGCAAGUAUUCUCAUUAAAAGAAAUUAAAUUAAAA